AUGGAGACAGAUCUUGAAAAAACUUCACAGAUACCACAGCUCGAUAGCUCGCUAGCACAAUCAACAUCAGGAACUGGACCCAGUUACAAGGCAAAUCUAGCUGUACUCAUUCAAGCUAUCGACAUUUCUUUGCAGACAAACUCUUCGAAAUCCUAUGAAUUUUUAAAGCUGUUGAAACAAAUAUGCACCGCUCUUGUGAAUUCGAAAGCACGAAGUUUUGAGGAACUGGAUGUCGAUUUAGCGAAAGCAUUCCCAAAUUUGAAAUCAGCUUUUCAAAACGCAGCAAACGAAGGCUUUGGAAUUAAAUGUUUGUUUGGAAGCCUACUUACCACCGGAAAAUCGUCAAUUCUACAAGGAAACUCUUUUCUCUCAAUCUUGCUGAAAAAGUGGCAACUCUCAUUGGAAUCAAGGACGCUAAAUGAAAUGGGGAUACAUAGCAGGCCUCAUGGUUUCGACGAUGAUAGAUCGAUUACUGUUCCCCCAAAUUUGAUUCCAUCGUUUAUAUUCUCACCAAUGGAAGCCGAACGAUGGGUUUUCAAAAGGAUGCACAUGCUUCAGGUUGCGCCAUUGCACGUGGAGGCUAAUCGUACUAUGUUGGUUUUUCUUGAUAUUAUCACGCGACUUCAUCCACGAAUGGCAAGUGCAAGCUUGUUGACCACAAUGGUUCAUCAGCGAUCUUAUGAUUAUCAAAAAGCAAGCAAUUCUCUUCACGACUUCAUUGCCUCGUUGUUGUUGACUCAAACUCAUUUUUUUGACCGCUUUGAGAAGAAGACGACGACGAACUCGCUUUCGACAAUUGAGCGGGUUGCCUCACUUCUAUUUAGCCGCUUGUAUCGUCUACAGCAAAACUAUGAUAAAGCUGCCGACUAUUUGGAGGACGUUAUGUCACUAGCUCAAACGCAUAAAGACGACGAAAUGUUAAAAAUGGCAGUUUUUGAAAUUCGAAGUUUUCUGCUUGAAGCGGCUCGCUGUGGAAAAAAGUACCCACGCUUUGAUGCUUAUGCCGCUAAAACUGGUCCCAAGCGCCUUGAAAAUGGACAAUGGUUCAAUGAUGAAGAUGCUACUGCUCAGUCUAACCUUGGUUUGAAUGAAGAAUCUACAAUGGAAAUCACUACAUAUGAUAACGGAGACCCGACUAUUCCGUUAGAUAAUAGUGGGCCAGCAAAUCAGCUUUCCUCGACAACACAAUCACCAAACACGGCAGCUGCGCACAACGCCACAGCUCAAUCAUCUCCAUCUAUUUUUGAUGAAUCACAAAAAUCAUCUUCUAUAUUUAUCAACCCUUUGGAGCAAAAGAGACAGGCUGAUUGCUUUGACUUUGGGAAUAUGCUUGUUAGCGUCAUGCAAAGCGUGCUGAGCGGAAAUCCAACAAAUUGCGGUAUUCUAAACAUGCAACCACCAAAUAACGACUGGACCCGAUUGAACGAUCCCUAUGGCUACACAAAAGAAUACCUUGAAACCGCAACUGCCAUAAAGUCGACUGUUUUGCUUCUUCACGGCCAUUUAAGACAGGUGCAAGAUUUUGGUAAGCGGGCAAGAGAUAUAAAUACAGGCGAUAAGAUCGUAUCUCGUCACGACACUGAACCUUUUGUAAUAAAGAGGGUGAAUGAAGCUUACGCUCUAGCUUUGACCGGAAGAUGGAACGGCGCGCUAUCUAGUGUGAAAAGGUCAUUAAGAAGAUUUACAAACAACAGUCACCCAGAGUGCUUGAAGCUACUGCAGCUGUGCCAAAUGCUGAUUCUUUUCGAUAUGACCGUAUUCCGUGGCGAAUUAGAGAAGGCCUUGUAUUUUUUACGCGAAAUUGAGCAGUAUGAUAAAUACGAGUUUACUUUCAGACUUGCUACUGUUUUUGCUGCAAAUGGGCGUUUGUUGGAAGGUAUCGAAACAUUGGAAAAGUUUGAGCCGAAUGUAUUAAACGAAGUGAGGACCAUUGAAAGAAUUAGAUUUCUUGCGAUUCUUGGUGGUCUAUAUGCUCUCCAGCGCGAUUUUGACAAGGCGGAAACAUCACUUAGACAAGCUCUUUGCUUUGCAACUCGUUCACAGGCUAAACCUUUAAUAUGGAUGACUUCACGACGCUUGGCAUUUGCUUUGAUUGAGCAAGAAAAGUUCGAUGAGGCGUUGCCCUUACUGAAUUCGAUAAAUGAAGCAAAAGAUGAAAUCCGUGGUGUUGAGAAAGCACUUUUUGCUGGUACAAUGGCUCACUUCUAUCUCAAUCAAAAAGGAAACGAUCGAAUGAAUGCCCCUGAAUGGUUGUACAAAUUUAUCCUGUACUCAAAGAAAGUUCGGGUUAAACCUUGGAUGAAGGAAGGUUUGCGCUUAUCUACCCAUUUCUACGAAUCCACAGGAAACAUCGAGGCUAGGAAUGCAUCUGCGAGAGCUUUGUUCAGCCUUCACGAAAAAUGCUCACACAAGCUUGACUGGAAAGUUUUU